GGCUCAGAGGGCACUCCGCCAUCACGAGAUCCGGGCGUCAGCGUGGCAGUUCAGGCCAACUUCGACCCACCGGUUCCAGCCUCAGCGCCACCCUCAGUGCGGCGGCCGCUGGGGAACUUGGCACCGGAGAAGGUGAGCAAAGACGAGGACGACGCCGAGGCUGAGACCGCUGCUGGAUCGUUCUCCGAA